AUGGACGUGAAACCAAGUGCAAUACAAGUCACUUCAGAGCCUUCACCUGCUACGAAGUCUUCCCAUGAUUUAUCAAGACAGGAUACUGUCUCAUCCUCCAGCACUGAUGAUUCAAAGGUGUUGGGCAAGUCGUUUGGUAUUCGUAAGCAGGAGCUUAUGAUGGAGCACCUCAAUACCAUCCCUCUUCGGACUCUUCAUUUCUUUGGAAUCUUCGCCGGUAUGCUUGUUUCUGUUUUGGAAAACAACGUGACGAGAGUUUUUAUGGGCUAUGCCACCAGUGAAUAUAAGCAACAUUCACUUAUGUCUACCAUUCAGCUUAUCCAGGGAGUCGUUGCUGCCGCUUCCUUACCAGCUUAUGCUAGAUUGUCUGAUAUUUUCGGUCGUUUUGAACUUUUCUUAUUCAGUUUGAUCUUGAGAGUUGCUGGUCUUAUCAUCAUGUCGCAAGCUAAGAAUGUUCAGAUUUAUGCUGGAGGAAUUGUGCUUUAUUCGGCCGGCUGGGCUGGUGCAAGAAUUUUGUUCCAGAUUAGUGCCUCGGACGCUUCUUCUUUGAGAAACAGAUUGUUGGCGGUGGCGGUUGUUAGCUUGCCCACUAUUAUCACGACUUGGGCAGCAGGAGAGAUUGUGGAUGAAUUGUUGGCUAGACACGGAUGGAGUUUUGGAACCUUGCUUUGGGCCUGGACAAUGCCGUUGUCUUCUAUUCCAUUCUUAUCAACUUUUGUAUACACCUGGUAUAAAGCACUGAAGACACCCCAAUGGGUAAAGUUAUGCCAGGAAGAAAGAGAAAGCCAUGUUGAGUUGAAUGCCGCCCAGAUGAAACAUGACGAAUAUAUCCAAAACGGAGGCUCGAAGAUUUGGGGAAGGACCAAGAAAGCAUGCACUUAUGUGAAAUACAAAUCGGUGCAAACGUUUUGGGAUGUUGAUCUUAUGGCUUGUGUUUUCAUUAUUGCAAUCUUUGGUCUUAUCUUGGUACCUUUGACCUUGGCUGGCGGUGCUCAAAGCGCUUGGGUGCAAGCAAAAAUUCUUGUUCCCUUGGUACUCGGUUUCUGUCUUAUUCCUGCCUUUGUCCUCUGGGAGACGAAGUUUGCUAAGACUCCCUUGGUACCAUUCCCUUUAUUGAAGGAUCGUGGCGUAUGGGCUGGUCUUGCUAUCGGUGUUUUAAACAACUUCGCUUCUGGUAUCCCAGGUGCUUUUGCUUACGCUGUUCUCUUGGUCGGUAUGAAUGCUACCGAAGUGGUAGCUACGCGUACUCCUAGAUUGGGUGGAUUCAUUUCUUCGAUUGUUUUGCCCAUCCUUGGAUUAGUGAUCAUCAAGGUCAAGAGAACCAAAGGCUUUAUUCUUUUUGGUAACUGUAUGAUGUUUGUCUCAAUGGGAUUGUUCGUUCACUUUAGAGGUGACAACGACGGGAUUGCCGCUAAAUACUUCAGAGAUGGUAUUGCUGCCGCUUUUUCCUUGGACGGCUUUGCUUCUGCUUUCUUUAUGAGACCCGUGGGUGUCUCUAUUCAAGCUUGUACUAACCACGAGUACAUGGCUACCGUUACCGCCUUAUUUGCAGCCCUCUAUAACAUCGGAAGAGCUUUGGGAAGCUGUGUUUCUGGUGCAAUCUGGACACAGAGAAUGCACCCUACAAUUGCUGCUAAGAUGAGAGAGUUGGGGGUCGAUCCGAUAUUGGCCAACUCUGCUUAUGAAUCUCCAUACAAGUUUAUUAAAGACUACCCAUGGGGGACUCCUGCAAGAAGAGCCGUCGUUUUAGCCUAUGCCGAAUUGCAAAAACAGCUUUGUAUUGUUGCCAUCUGUCUCUUGGUUCCAUUGCUUGUAUUUGUUUUCUUGCUCAGAGACCAUAAGUUGAUUAAUGCCCAGUCUCUUGAAGAUGUUGAGGAUGUCGAGAAGGGUGCUGUGGCAGCAGAGAGAAAGAAGGGUACUGUCAUUUACACGGAUGAUGACGACCCAAUCUUCAGAUUCUGCAGAAGGGUAGUCCACAAGUCCACCAUGUUGAUCGAUGAUGACUUCAGAGCGAAGAAGAGGUUGUUCAAGCUUUGUGUCAACUGCUUCUGCCCGGUACCGGCGACGGCGCGUCAUGGUGCCAAGAUAAAGCUCUGGUGA